CUCCAAUCGUUCACAACAUGAGAGGUCAUUCUUUUUCUUUUUCCUUCAUCUUCUUCAUCUUCCUAUUCUUCAUACCCUUCUCUUUCUCUACACCAAAACCGGAACUUGUGAAACCUAAACCAAUCGGAUCAUACCAUCAAAGAAAACAACCAGUCUCAGCUAUUCUAGUUUUUGGAGAUUCAACAGUGGAUCCAGGCAAUAAUAACUAUGUCGACACAAUAUUCAAAUGUAAUUUUCCCCCUUAUGGACUUGAUUUCAAAAACAGCAUUCCCACCGGUAGAUUUUGCAACGGUCGACUUGUGACAGAUUUCAUCGGUUCAUACAUUGGAGUGAAGGAGAAUGUGCCAGCAUAUUUGGACCCAAAUCUUGGAAUAACUGAGUUAAUGAGUGGAGUUAGCUUUGCUUCAGCUGGUUCUGGAUUUGAUCCUCUCACUCCAACCAUUGGUAACGUAAUAGACAUUCCGACUCAGCUAGAGUAUUUCAGACAGUACAAGAGACAAUUGGAGGAUAAAAUAGGAAAACAAAAAAUGGAAAAACACAUAGAAGAGGCUGUGUUCUGUGUAAGUGCAGGAACCAACGAUUUCGUCAUAAAUUAUUUCACAAUUCCCACACGACGAGAGACCUUCUCUAUCGAAGCUUACCAGCAGUUCGUUAUUUCUAAUCUCAAACAAUUUAUCCAGGGUUUAUGGAAUGAAGGAGCGAGGAAAAUAACGGUGGCAGGUUUGCCACCAAUUGGGUGUUUACCAAUUGUUAUAACUUUAUUCUCCAGCGAAACAUUGACCAACCGUCGUUGCAUUGACCGUUUCUCCACUGUGGCCGUAAACUACAACUUCUACUUACAAAAAGAAUUGGACCUCAUGCAAAUGAAUUUGGCCCAUAUUGGGUCCAAAAUCUUUUACCUCGACGCGUAUAAUCCAUUCUAUGAGAUCAUUCAUGACCAUCAAAAAUACGGGUUUGAAGAAGUAAGCAGUGGAUGUUGUGGAAGUGGAUACUUAGAGGCUUCGGUCUUGUGCAAUCCGAAGUCAUACGUGUGUCCUAAUACAUCUGCUUAUGUGUUUUUUGAUUCUAUCCAUCCAAGUGAGAAGGCUUACUUUAUUCUCUUUGAAACUCUCCGACCAACUAUUGAUUCCAUCCUCAGUUAUUUCUGAGAUCUUAUUUAAUUUAAGUAAUAUAUCCGAUUA